CACGCUGCUGCUGGUCUGUCUGCUGGUCUGGCUCAGAAGGAAAACUCAAGGUGCAGGUGGCGAAGACCUGUCAGCGUCUGAGAGCAAGAUGUCCUGCAGCUCUGAUCCAGCAGUAGGCGCUGCCAGCUUCAAGUCCGGCACCAUGGCACAACCAGCUCCCGUUCACCCCACCAAGAUGGGAGAGGGUCGGGCGAUUGCCGUGCUGACCUCGGGAGGCGAUGCCCAGGGUAUGAAUGCAGCUGUACGAGCCACAGUUCGAGUUGGACUUUACACUGGAGCAAAGGUUUAUUUUGUCCAUGAGGGUUACCAGGGUCUGGUGGAUGGAGGUGACAAUAUCCGCCUUGCUACCUGGGAGAGUGUGUCGAUGAUGCUGCAGCUGGGUGGGACUGUGAUUGGUAGUGCCCGCUGCCAGGAUUUCCGCACCAAGGAGGGUCGCACCAAGGCUGCCUGCAACUUAGUCAAGCUGGGCAUCACCAACCUGUGUGUGAUUGGUGGCGAUGGCAGUCUGACGGGUGCCAACCAAUUCAGAACAGAGUGGAGUGAGAUGCUGGCCAAUCUGGUCAAAGCCGGUAAGAUCACAGCCAAGGAGGCCAAGUGUUCCUCUCACCUCAACAUCGUCGGCAUGGUGGGCUCCAUUGACAAUGACUUCUGUGGCACCGACAUGACCAUCGGCACGGACUCUGCCCUGCAUCGCAUCAUAGAGAUAGUGGACGCCAUCACCACCACAGCACAGAGUCACCAGAGGACUUUCAUCCUGGAGGUGAUGGGCAGACACUGUGGUUACCUGGCUUUAGUGACAGCUCUGGCCUGUGGCGCUGACUGGGUGUUCAUCCCUGAGAUGCCUCCAGAUGAUGGAUGGGAGGAGCAUCUCUGCAGGAGACUGACAGAACAAAGAGGUCGCGGCUCCCGUUUGAACGUCAUCAUUGUGGCCGAGGGAGCGAUGGACCGCAGUGGAGAGCCUAUUACCUGUGAGCUUGUCAAACAGCUGGUAUCAAAGAAUCUAGGCUUCGACACUCGUACGACCAUCCUGGGGCACGUACAAAGAGGUGGAACCCCCUCCGCCUUUGACAGGAUCUUGGCAAGCAGGAUGGGAGUAGAGGCUGUGAUGGCUCUGCUGGAGGCCACACCAGACACUCCUGCAUGUGUGGUCAGCUUGUCUGGGAACAUGGCUGUCAGGCUGCCUCUCAUGGAGUGUGUGCAAGUGACUAAAGACGUCACCGUAGCCAUGUCCGAAGGGAGGUUUGACGAUGCUGUGAAGCUCAGGGGAAAGAGCUUUGAAAACAACUGGAACACUUACAAAAUGUUGGCUCACCUGCACCCCCCAGACAAAAAGAGUAAUAUCAACAUCGCCAUCUUGAACGUGGGAGCUCCGUGUGCUGGAAUGAACGCUGCCGUCCGUUCAGCUGUCAGGAUUGGGCUUCUGCAGGGCCACCAGAUGUUGGCAGUGCACGACAGUUUCGAUGGCUUGGCUCAUGGGAUGAUUGAGCCCAUUGGUUGGGCUGGAGUGGGAGGAUGGACAGGAAAGGGGGGCUCCAAUCUGGGAACUAAGAGAUCCCUGCCCCACGAGUUCAUGGAGGAGAUCAGUCUGAGCAUCACGAAGUUCAACAUUCAUGCUCUAAUCAUUAUUGGAGGUUUUGAGGCGUUUGUUGGAGGUCUGGAGAUGGUGCAGGCUCGAGAGAAGUAUGAGGAGCUGUGCAUUCCCCUUGUCGUCGUUCCUGCUACUGUCUCCAACAAUGUUCCUGGAUCUGACUUCAGUGUUGGAGCUGACACUGCCCUCAACACCAUAACCAUGACAUGUGACAGGAUCAAACAAUCAGCUGCCGGAACCAAGAGGAGAGUGUUUAUAGUUGAGACCAUGGGAGGAUACUGUGGCUACCUGGCAACCAUGGCUGGCCUGGCAUCUGGGGCUGACGCUGCCUACAUCUAUGAGGAGCCUUUCAACAUCCAUGAUCUAGAGAUGAACGUGGGUCAUCUGGUGGAGAAGAUGAAGACCACGGUGAAGAGAGGACUGAUUCUUAGAAAUGAGAAAAGCAACGCUAACUACACCACAGAUUUUAUCUUCAACCUGUACUCAGAGGAGGGCAAGGGUGUGUUUGACUGCAGAAAGAAUGUACUCGGGCAUAUGCAGCAGGGUGGAACGCCUAGUCCUUUCGACAGAAAUUUUGCCACAAAGAUGGGCAUCAAGUCUGUCCUUUGGUUGACUGACAAGCUGAAAGAAUGCUACAGACAUGGUCGCAUCUUUGCCAACUCUUCAGAUUCAGCUUGUGUGCUGGGCAUGAGGAAGAGAAGUUUGGUCUUCCAGCCUCUGACAGAGCUUAAAGAUGACACUGACUUUGAACAUCGUCUUCCAAAGACACAGUGGUGGUUAAAGCUGAGGCCCAUCCUGAAAAUUCUGGCCCAUUACAAGAUCGACCUGGACACCUCUGAGAAGACUGCGAUGGAACAUGUCAUUAAGAAGAGAGGCCUAGCUCCUUAGAAGCCUUUCUUCUCGACCUGACGUCACCCGUCUGAUUUAUUUUUGAAGCAACCCUGUCUUUGAAAAGUGACAUAUGAAUAAAGACAAGCAAGUCUCACAAUAAACACUCAAAAGUCCCACCCCAUUAUUUGUAUUUGCUUAAUUAGAGCAGCUUUUUGAACACCUUGAAAACUUGUGGUCCGGUGCUUUUGGGUGAAUAUUGAAAUAUUGUACUUUUGCUAAUGUAUGUGCUAAUUUGUAUUGUAACUUAUUAUUUGGAAGUGCACGACAGUUUCGAUGGCUUGGCUCAUGGGAUGGUAAAUUCUAGUUAUGCACACAUAUACAAACAAGAAUGAAGAAUGCUUUUACUCUCAUGAUAAACAGCUUUACCCUGUUGGUGCAUGUCUAUACAAAUGGAAGAGACUGAUCCGCUGUCUCUGCUCAGAUUGAGCCCAUUGUGUUAGAUUCACAUUAAUAACACAAAAAAUCUACAAAUUAUUACGAUAAAUUGUUAGAAACAAUGAUUUCUGAUGCAUUGUUACAGGUCAUCCUGGAUUCAAAUUCACAAUAAACGGCAGUGGAGCUAAUAUUGUUCCUUAAUCUGUACCUAUCUAUCUAUCUAUCCAUCUAUCUAUCUAUCUAUCUAUCUAUAAUAAGAUUAAAAUGGACCCCACUUUAUAGAAGUAACAUAAAAUGAUGCUGCAUCAGUAAUAAUCAACAUAAUAACAUAAUCUGAAAUGGGUCAUUCUGUAACCUUGGCCAUUAUUUUUAUUUGAGUUAAAUAUAUUUAGAUGGGAAUACUGUUGUACAAUUAAUUGACCAAAAUUAAGGAAGCAUAAUUCUUAUUUGAAUUUCCAGCCUGUUGUUUCUAUACCUUGAAUAAAAGUUGUAGCACUUAAAUGGCACUUACUUAUA